CCACAUUCCACCGUCUCCGUAUGUCCAAAUCUGAAUUCCCCGUUGCUUCCCGUUGUUACCCUAGUCCAUUGCCGAGAGCUCUAAGCUCUGUGCCUUCACCCUGCUGCUCUAUCUCCCGCGCCUCCUUUCGCCUUACUUCUCCAUUUUCAUUCACUCUAUCUGCGCGCUCCCAUGUAUCUCUAUCAUUCUCCUCUCUUCUUUCCUGUGCGACGCUAACGUCUGGUUUCGCUGCCAUUUUACCUGUCGGGCAUUUCUUUCCAACCGCUGCUCGUUGGAUUGAAAGAAUAGCUUCUCUCUGGUGGCCAAUUUCAGUGUUAACGGGACUCUAGUCUGUUGCUAUUAGCUACUUCCUCUGUCCAGCUAAGAAAGAGCUGUUUUUAGAAUUUUGUUCUAAUGGCUACUUUUCUUCCGAGCGGAACUGAAUUGGAUGGGGAUAGAAUUAGCCAACUUCCAGCAGAUGUAAAGGACAUGAUUAUGGAGUGUAUGGACACUCGUGAUGCUGCCAGAGUAGCUGUGCUCUCAACUCAAUGGAAGGAUAUAUGGUUGAGACAUGGCCGGCUUGUCUUUGAUUCCUGCUUCUUUCCGCGUGCAAUAGACAGGUGCAGAUGUAAUAAACCCUCGACUUUCGUCAACAUGGUAACGAACGUUCUUAUGCUUCGUUCAGGACCUGUUAGGAAAUUUGAGUUUUUGAUGACUAGGUUAUAUCUUGAGAAUGUUGAGAUGGAAAUGGCUGUGAGUUGGUGUAAGCCAAAGCAGUCUGAUGUAGAUGGAUGGUGUCUUUUCCUAUCAAGAAAUGGAAUUGAGCAACUUACCAUCUGUGUUGUGAAUUUGACUGGCCAAGGGUAUUAUGAGCUACCACAUUGUAUAAUCUCCUGUUCCACACUUAAGCGACUGAAACUUGAUGGUUUUCUGUUUUACUGCCCUUUCAAUGCUCGCCUUGGUAGUAUAUUUACUCAUGUCACAUCUCUAGUUUUUGUGACUGUUGGCUUUAUCCAUAAUGUCAAUGGAAGUACUAUAUUCAGUGUUCCUAAUCUUGAGGAGCUGGUCUUCGAGGAUUGUCAAGGGAUCCAUAAUUUUGUGAUCAGUGCUCCGAAACUCAAAAGCUUGACUGUUAUCUUCCCUGGGCACAUUGCUGAAUGGAAAUGGUUUCAGCUUCAUUUUCCAGUAAUUAAGAGCCUUUGUCUGUCUCUAGAUGCACUUGCGGAUAUACCUGAUGCUGCAUUGGAUCUGCAAGAGAUGUUCCCAACGGCGAUAAAUCUACAAGUGAUGAAGCUGGAUGAUUUCAGUUUUGGUUCUGCCCAGCACUUCUCCUUUGCCAGUGAUUUGAUUAAAAAAUGUCCCAAGCUAUGCAAACUGGAAAUUGUCUCGAAUCAGGUUGUAAUAUCCAACACUUAACCUAUGCAUACUAAUCAACUUUAGAUCUAAUGGCUCAAUAGAUCGUACCAAUAUAUAUAUAUAUAUAUAUAUAUAUAUAUAAAGAUUUACCACAAAUACUGCAGUAUUUAUGUAAUAAACUGAACAUUUUUGCCAUCACAAAUAGUGCAUUAUUCGAGUGUAUUGUUCGAAACAUAAUAGUGCUCUGACAUUAACAAUAGUACAUCAAUUUGCGUUCUCAUUUCUCACAUGUAGUUUCAUUCAUACCAUGCACUUAUUAUUUUAAUAUAUGUGGGUGUGUGGCAUGAGUCUGUUAUGCAUAUGUUUUAAUACUGCAAUCUUUCCAUUGUGUUGCAAGUCAUGUUGGAUAGAUGACGGAGCACGUCUUUUGGAAGAUCCUGUAGAUGGUGGCUUUAUUAUUGAUCAUUAUCUUGUCAUGCUUAAAACAGUGAGCAUAGAUUCAUUUUUUGGAUAUAAACGGGAAGUUCUCUUUGUGAAAGCAAUCCUUUCAAAGUCACCUGUGCUUGAGAAACUUGUUAUCCUGCAAUUCAUUGAAGGAGAUGCUUCCGUGGCUUGCAAACUCAGAAAGGAGAUGUGUUGCUUCCCUCGUGCUUCUCCAAAAGUGCACAUUGCCUUUAGGUAUUGUAUAAUGCCUCAUUAGCGUAAAAUGAGCAUUGCUCAAAUAUAUAUACAUGUUUUUGAAGAUAUGAGCUGCAAGUAUGCAUAUGUAAAUUUUAAUUGUAAAACUUAAUGAAUUGUUUUGAUAUAUGCACUGUAGAAACAUCAUGAAUUGUUAGUAGUGGUGUAACACUGGCCUGCUGGGUAAGUUCAAAAUUGAUUGGGAAGAUGAAGUGGUAUUCUUCUUUCAUGAUCAAUAAUAGAAAUUUGAGCUGCUGCAUCAUGGCGUAGUGGCUGUUUAUGUGUUGGCCUCCUCUUGUUUUCACUACAAAAAAACACGGAUUUAGUCACGGAUAGUCAUGGACCCGGUUCGGGCCACCCGGCCCGGGACGGGCCCGCUACUGUGCGGGCCCGGAACUGGCCCGGUUCUCGGGUCCGGGUCGGGCCUAGGCCCGGUGGGGGGGCAGGUCCGGGCUCGGGCCUUGUAUUUGGCGAACCGGCCGGGUCGGGCCCGGGCCGAAUUGAUUUUUUUUUCAUUUUUUGGGGUCACCCGGGUUGGGCUUGAUGGUUA